CAAGUUAUAGUCAGUGUGUCGGGUCUAUGAGUGGUGUUGGUACGCGUCUGUUUCAACUCCCAGCCUGACAGAAUUUGUGUGUUUUUUUUGUGUAACCACGCCUACACAGUGGCUACCAAGGCUUACCUAUGAGUUAAACCUUCUUUAGUUGGUAAUGAGGAAGGCGUGGGCUCUAGCAGUGGACAGCCGAAGGCAGCAGUGGGUGAAAACAAACAAAAUAAAGAAAAGUUUAGCUGUGAGAAGGUGCUAGACAGCCAGCCAUAGUGACGAGGAGGCAGGAAGGUAGACAAAAGUGGACAAAAGCAGGGAACCACCACCAUCACCACCACAGGGUGACAAAAACCACCAUCAUCACCACCACAGGGAAGUGAGAGAUGGGGAGGAGGAUUUAAAAGGACAUGUUUGCAGUGCGCUGUCAGCCCUCACCUGCGCCGCCUUCCCCAGUGAGCGGAUGUAGGCCUGGGAAUAGAACAUAUGCAGACAUCUUGGCAGUGCUGUGUAUGUCUGUUUGUCGAUGGUCAAGAAGGAACGUAGCAAAAGUUUAAGACUGAGAGCAUAAGGCGAUCAGUGACUGCGUUAAGACGCUGAUGAAUCAGAGUGAAGCAACAGGGUGGAUUCCCCAGGUGGAGGAGGACCCCAAGGACUUGCAAGGAAUACGAUUCUCACGCAUCCCUCCACAAUCCAGAAGAUCCGAGAUGACGCAGGAAAGCCGAUGCUUGUUUGUCAGAAACAUUCCUCGGGAAAUGACUAAUAAAGACCUGCAGCAGCUGUUCAGUGAGUUUGGCCAUGUUGUGAAUGUGUUCCUGAAACCCACCCCAUUGGGAUCAAAGUUCAACUGGGCCAUCAUCAACACCGAGAGUGUGAAGGAUAUGUUGUCCAUGAUGUCGGCCAUGAACAGGAAGCCGCCGUUCAACUUUGAGAUAACAGUGGCUCUUUCUGAGGACGAGAAAAGGCAGAGGAAGAAGGGAAGGGGAGACUUCAUUGCUGCCCAGAACACUGAGAGUGUGUUUGUCAUUAUGAAGGAUAUGGAGAACCUUCCUAAUCUAGGCUGCUCCUUUCCCGUGCUCCAGGCAUCAUGGAGCAGGACAGAAGGGCAAGUGAAGUCCUCAUGGCCACCUGGAAAUGAGACAGUUGUGAUUAGGAGGGGGAACAUAAUGAUGGAGGGCAGACGGCCCCAGUUAUGUGUGUUCUGUGAGGGCCAGGGGCAGCUGAGGUGCUCGGUGUGCAAGGCAUGGUACUGCAGCAUGGUGUGCCAGGUGGAUGACUGGUACCUGCACAAGAAUACUUGCUGCCCCCCACCGGUUUUGGAUGAUCCACAGAAGAUAAAGAGUAGCCUGUGUGGAACAGGUGGUGAUGCAUCCAGAGGUGCCAGUGCAGUCAUGAUGUCUUCCUCUCCCUUUUCCUCCUCCUUUGCCAAUAGACCAGAGGACAUCAGUGGGAGAAUGGCAGAAGAGAUAGAGCUUUGUUCCAGCCAGAAGAGUAGUAUGGUAAAGGAGAUACAGCCAGCAAGAAACAUAAGAAGCAUGCCUACCAAGUUGAACAUGAUGACUGAGAAUGGUUACAGUUGUGGCAGGGGUGCUAUGCUUAAAAACUUUACAGAAGAAGAAAGUUAUAGUGCAGGAAAGGGUGCAGUGCCUAAGAGGAGUAAUAUGAAUGAAAGUAGGUUUGCAGGAGGAUGUUAUUCAUCUCCAAAGAGAAGUAUUGCAGCUGAAAAUGUUGUGGGCCAAAAUGCAUCACUUAAGAAAGAAUUUGAUAAAAGUCCUAGUCUGAAAUGUUUAAUCCCAAAGAAAAGCCUUGCAGAGAUAUCAGAUGAUUAUAAUAAUGUAGAGAGAGGUACAUCUACCAGUGACCUGAAAUGCAUGCCUAAGGUGCCACUGACAGAAAAAUCAGCUGUGCCAACUGGUACCAUUGUAAGGACAGCUGGAGAGUCUGCAGGAAAUGGAGAAUCUGGUUCAGCUUUGCAGGAUACAAACUCAUCAGUUGUUUCACCCUCCAAAAAUGCUUCUGAAAUUUGGAUGAACUUUGGUACCUUGUUGGAGAUAGAGAAAAUCUACAGUGGUUUUAUCACCUUGGCAGCAAGUUAUGAGCAGUUUACUGCUGCUGUUGUGGUUGAGGCUGUAUCAUGCAUAUUCAGUGAGGCACAUGAAAUUCUAAGCACAGUCCCAGCUGGUAUCAAUUUUAAGCCUGAGGUUGGGUCUCUAGUAGCUGCUUACUCCCCCACGGAGGAGACCUGGUACCGAGCACGUGUACUAGAAUUAGAGGGAUCCACUUACAGGGUUUGUUACAUAGACUUCGGAAAUAAAGAAGCUGUGGAACAAAUAAAGCCAGUUCCUGAAGGACCAUUUUCAGAACUCCCUGAACUGGCAUUUGUGGCCAAGAUCCAUAGUAAAAUUAAUGAACAGGUUCAGGAAAAGUUGAAAAAAAUGGUUCAAGUGUAUAAUUCUUUAAAGUUCAAAGUUAUUGCCAAGAAGGGAUUGUAUGUGAAGGUUGCUUUGUGUGAAGAUGAAGACAAAAAUAAUACAGCUGUUGCUGAGUAUAUUCUUGAACCACUCCUGAUGCCUGCUGUCUUCCCUUCACCACCAGCUGCUUCCUCACCCAAAUCAAAGACUGCUCCCUCAUCUGCUCAGAGGGAGAAUGUUGUCCCUGAUUGUGCUGCACCUGCCACAACAAUAUUGAAGGAAACAAGUCCAUCUCAGAGACAAACAGACGUAAAGGUGCUUGCUGUGAAUGAUUCUCAGAAAGAAAAUGGUGUCAUCAGUUCUGAUAAGGGACCAGCAGAGCAGUGUAAUGGUGAUCAUUCUUUGUCAAGAGAUAUGAGCUGUAAAGUGGUGUCCUGUGAGGCUGAUGAAUCUCAUUCCUGUUAUGUUAUUGCUGUGAAUAGCAUGGAGCUCUUACUUAAGCUGGAGGAGAUGUCUGUGGAGAUGAACCAGCACUGUGAGGACAGCCCUGCCUCCAUGCUUCAUCCCAGGCGAGGGGAAGUGUGCCUUGCAAAGUUUGUCAAAGGAGAUGGCAGAUGGUACCGGGCAUUGUGUCUUGCAUCAGACAGCACUUGCUGCCAGGUCAUCUUUGUGGACUAUGGCAACACUGAGAAAGUCUGUCACGCUAACAUACGACCAAUUCCAAGGCAGUUCCUGGGGCUCCCCUGCCUGGCCCUGUAUCUCCCUCAGCAAGGUAUGGGUAUGAACUCGGUGAAUGGGAAGGAGGAGGAAGGAGCAGGCCAGACAAAUCCUCCAGCAGGCUUUACUUUCCUUGCAGCUUUGAAUAUAUCACCGGACAGUAAGAUCAAGUUCCUAGAAUAGUGCACUUGUAAAGACCAAUAGAUCUCUCUCUCUCUCUCUCUCUCUCUCUCUCUCUCUCUCUCUCUCUCUCUCUCUCUCUCUCUCUCUCUCUCUCUCUCUCUCUCUCUCUCUCUCUCUCUCUCUCUCUCUCUCUCUCUCUCUCUCUCUCUCUCUCUCAGUUCACAGUUCCAUAAUACAAGUCUGAUCCAAGUUGUGAGUUUACUGCUUAGUGCACCCCUCUGAAAUUAACUCAAGUCGUUCUGAUGAUGGAAUUACACUUGCCCAUAGAAUUAUGUGUUUCACACUAAAUUACUGAGUGUAAUAUAGGAAAGGGAUAUUGUAUGUCUUACAGGUGGAAUGUAUUUUCAACCAAUUUGCAUCAUCUUAUUUUUUCAUUUCAUUGGAUGUACACUAGUUUCCAUCAAGAGACUUUCAAUUGUAUUUGUACAUUUGGUGGGUUGGCAAUAUUGCAGCAGACCAGUGUUUCAAAGAAUUGUGGAGAGGUGGUGGAUGGUCAUGCAGGAAGCCUUUUGGAUACUUUGUGGAAUAUUACAAGAAGUCAUUCACAGAAGGAAUAUUUUCAGAUAUGAAGACUUGAUAAGUCAACAUUGAUUCUAUCAUUUAUGAGACCUAAAACAGUCGCAUUAGUUUUAUAGGUUUGAAAACAUGGUUGGCCUCAUAAAAUUAGUUGUAACGGACAUACAUACUUGUAUUAAUUUGAAGUUAUCAAUUUACAUUGUUUUUUUUUGAAUAGCUAAAUAUCUUGGUUACAUCAGGUUUUUUGUGUUACACAACUAGUAAGUUUCUACUGGAUGUGAGGAUAAGUAUUUAUGUAUUUUAUUACUAUUUUACUUCAAAUAAGUUUGAAAGUGCUUAUAUGGUUUUGAGGAGCCAGUUUUUUUUUGUCUUUGGUUGAUUUUUGUGGCUAUGGUUGAUUAGGUGAUAGGUGUGGAAUGUUGUGGCACCAUCUUGUUGGUGAAAUGAAUAGAAGGGGAUUGGGUUAAUUUAUUUAGCAUUGAAGUGCAUCAUUAUAUAAAUGUAAUUUCUUUUUAUAUGAACUUUGGAGUGUACAGAAUAACAAAAAGUGUUUAAAAUUUUUUUGUGCACUUCUCUUGGCAGGCUUAAUAUUAAAUUAGUGUCAAUAUUACUUGUGUGCUGUGGUCAGUCAUCCCAUUAGAGUUCCAGGCACCUGCCUAUCAGCUGGUCUACUAGUGCUCUGGGUGGGAUACCUUCCUGUGGUGCCAAGGUGUUAGCUAUUAUCUUGCUUAGUUCACAUUUAAGAGUAAUUUCCAGGAAUUGAAAAUAUAAAGAGCAUUGUAGGCAGUGAGGUGUGCCCUAUACCUUCAUGAUGAUGAUGAUGAUGAUGAUGAUUAUUAUUAUUAUUAUUAUUAUUAUUAUUAUUAUUAUUAUUAUUAUUAUUAUGGACAGUCAUGUGUUGGGUCAGCGUGCAUGACUAGGAUAAUAAUGGUCAGCAUAGCUCUUAACUUUGUACUAAAAGUGGAAGCCAUUCAGUAUUCUAACCACCAUUUUGCUUGGUAUGUGUAUGCUAUAGUUAAGUAAAUUACAAAUUAUAAAUUACUUAUUGUAAUUUCACCAAUAAUUUGUAAUCACUACUAAUUACUAUGAUGUUAUUGUAUUAGUUUUCAUCAUAAUUUUAUUAUUGUUUUCAUCUUCAUUUGAAUGAUGUUUAUUUAUAUGUAAACUUUUCGUCAAAGAUAAAGUUGUAUUCUCAAAAGCCUCUGUCUAUACAUAGGUAUCAGUCAUGUAAGGCUCAUGUGUUUCAGUAAAUUUAAUAAAAUUUAGUAUUGAGAA